AGAGAGUCAGGCCGUCAGUAGUAAACAGAAGUAGUGGGGAGGUGGACGUUCGCCAGAUCUUCCUCUGCCCCUGCCUCCUUAUAUCGGACAUGACUUCUCCUCGCUGUUCGGCGUGAUAUCUUAUUUUUUUGGGGGCAAGAUGACCUCACCGGAGUUCCAGUUCAUACCUCCUCCAGAAGCCCCCGUGUUCAAGCCGACGUGGGAGGAGUUCCAGGAUGCCUUGGGAUACAUUAACAAGAUACGGCCCAUCGCUGAGCAAUCCGGGAUCUGUAAAAUAAUUCCUCCACCGGAUUGGCAACCUCCAUUUGCUGUUGAUGUUGAUAACUUCAAGUUUACACCACGUAUUCAGAGGCUAAAUGAACUUGAGGCACACACCCGGAUCAAGCUUAACUUUUUGGAUCAGAUUGCAAAAUUCUGGGAGCUUCAAGGGUCAUCUUUGAAAAUACCUGUUGUUGAGAGGAAAGCACUUGACUUGUACUCACUACAUAGACAUGUGUGGUCAGAAGGUGGAAAUGAACAAGUCUCAAAAGAACGCAAAUGGAACAAAAUAGCAUCUCGUAUGGGGUUCCCAGCAAACAAAAGCUUGGGAGCUCUAUUGAAGGCACAUUAUGAGAGGAUUCUCCAACCUUAUGACAUCUUUAACAAAGGCAAAUUGUUACCCCAAGUGAAAACAGAAGUUAAGGAAGAAGAUGCUGACACAACAGACAAGGAUUAUAAGCCCCACAAGAUCCCAAGCCGCAUGGCUGGCAAGAUUCCUGAAAGUGAGAAGAAUGGUCGUCGUUCACGACGUCACCCUGAUGCCUCAGAGGCCAAAACUGACACUCAGGUUGGUUUUGGCUCUGAUGAUGAGGAAGAUGGAAAAGGCAGCAAGGAACUUAAGAGGCUUCAGUUUUAUGGUGCUGGACCCAAGAUGGCUGGCUUUGACAAGUCCUCGCCCGAGGAUACGGGAAAGACUCGUGGGAAGAAAGUUGAUUAUUCAGACCAAGACCCAUUGGCCAAGUACAUCUGUUUAAACUGUGGUCGAGGAGAUGCUGAAGACCAGAUGCUGCUGUGUGAUGGUUGUGAUGAUUCCUAUCACAUCUUCUGCUUGGUACCACCCCUGCUUGACAUACCUAAAGGAGACUGGAGGUGCCCCAAAUGUGUGGCAGUGGAGGUCAGUAAACCUGUUGAAGCCUUUGGUUUUGAACAAGCUCAGAAAGAGUAUACCCUGCAGUCCUUUGGAGAAAUGGCUGACAAAUUCAAACAAGACUACUUCAACAUGCCAGUUCACCUAAUUCCCACCGAUAUGGAAGAGAGAGAGUUUUGGCGGAUUGUGUCCUCCAUUGACGAAGAUGUGACAGUGGAAUAUGGUGCAGAUCUGCACACCAUGGACCAUGGUUCUGGGUUCCCCACCAAAAACUCCAAGAACCUUCUACCAGCAGACCAGGAGUAUGCAAACAGUAGCUGGAAUCUUAACAACUUGCCAGUCCUGGAGGGCUCUGUCCUGGGCCACAUCAACUGUGAUAUCUCAGGCAUGAAGGUGCCAUGGAUGUAUGUGGGCAUGUGUUUUUCUACAUUUUGCUGGCACAAUGAAGACCACUGGAGCUACUCUAUCAACUAUUUGCAUUGGGGUGAACCAAAGACAUGGUAUGGAGUGCCAGGAGGGAUGGCAGAGGCCUUUGAAGAUGCUAUGAAGAAUGCUGCUCCAGAACUGUUCCAUGCACAACCAGACCUGCUCCAUCAACUUGUCACUAUUAUGAACCCAAACAUUCUCAUGAAAGCAGGGGUACCAAUAGUAAGGACUGACCAGCAUGCAGGAGAGUUUGUCAUCACCUUCCCGCGGUCAUAUCAUGCUGGCUUCAAUCAAGGCUACAACUUUGCUGAGGCUGUGAACUUCGCUCCCCCUGACUGGCUGGCUAUUGGGCGGGAGUGUGUUCUUCACUACAGCAAUUUGAAACGUUACUGUGUAUUCUCCCACAAUGAAUUGGUGUGUAAAAUGGCAUCAACUCCUGAUGAGCUGGACCUUACAGUAGCAGCUGCCACCUACCAGGACAUGCUGCGGAUGGUGGACCUUGAAAAGAAGCUACGCAGAUCACUUCUCCAUUGGGGUGUGACCAGUGCAGAAAGAGAGGCUUUUGAGCUGCUGCCAGAUGAUGAACGGCAGUGUGAUUUCUGCAAAACAACCUGUUUCUUAUCUGCAGUGACAUGUACAUGUACCCAAGAGCGCCUUGUGUGCUUGAGGCAUUACAAAAUGCUGUGUGAAUGUGCACCAGAGAACCACACAUUAAGAUACCGUUACACUUUGGAUGAGCUGCCGCCGCUACUGCAACGCCUCAAGGUGCGAGCAGAGUCCUUUGAUCACUGGGCAGUCAAAGUGAAGGAAGCUCUGGAGGCAAAGCCUGAAGAUAAAUUAGAGCUAAGUGAUUUGCGAGAGCUUGUUGAGGAAGCAGAGUCUCAAAGGUUCCCUGAAAGUGAACUGCUUCAGACCUUGAUUCAGGCAGUGACCGAGGCUGAGAAAUGUGCAACUGUUGCUGCUCACCUGGCCACAAAGAAGGUUCGCACCAGGACUCGAGGAAGUGGGGAGGCCAAAAGCAGAUUGACUCUAGAAGAGCUGAGGCUUUUCCAUGAGCAGAUUGAGUCUCUGGCAUGUGUGGUGCGUGAAGGUGAAGCGGUGAAGGAUCUCCUGAACCGAGUCACCACCUUCCAGAAGGAGGCAGUGGAGAUGCUCACUCAGGACAACCCAGAUUCAGAUGUCAUUGCCAAGAUGGUGGACACUGGCUGCUCCUUGGACAUAGAUCUGCCUGAGUUGCCCAGGCUCAAACACAAGCUCCAACAGGUUGAAUGGGUUGAGGAGGUGGAGGAAACACUGGAAGGUUCAGUAACAGUAGAUUGUGUAAGAAAGCUAUUGGACUCCGGGAUAUCCUUGCCCCCCCACCCAAAGAUUGAAAGGGCCAUGGCUCAGUUGCAGCAGCUUCUGACAAAUAUGGAAACCUGGGAGGAAAAAGCUAGUCAAGCACUGAAUGCUAAGCCUGGCAUCAGUGUAAGUGAAGGAGAGGAACUGGUGAAGCAAGCAGAGGAGGUGCCUGCGCACCUACCCAGUGUUGCUGCUCUCAAGGAUGCUGUAAAGCGGGCCCGUGAGUGGACCAACAAGGUUACCACACUACAAAAAGGAGAAACUGCUCCACUACUGGAAACAGUGGAGAGCUUAGUGGCUAGGGGGCGUCCUAUUCCACUGCACCUUGAGCCCUUGGCUGAACUUGAGGAAAAUGUAGAAGCAGCCCAUGCUUGGCUGGAAAAAACAGCUCGUACCUUCUUAAAGAAAAAUUCACAUCUCACUCUAUUGGAGGUCUUGGUGCCUCGCACAGAUAUUGGUGUAGUUUCUGGUAAGAGGAAGAGGGUUAAGAGAGAGGAGAUGUCUGCCUUGCAGCAGCAGGCUCAACUCCUGGACAUAUCUAUGGAAGAUGCUGCUAAUUCAGCAAUUGUGGUGAAAGCUUUCAAGGAAUGUGAAGAGAGAGAGCUUGGAGCCAUGCGAGCUUUAAGGGCUCAUAACCGCAACAAGCGAGAUGGGGAUAUUCCACAAGAAGGAGCCACCUUCUGUCUUUGUCACAAGCCUCCACAACCCAAUAUGUUAACUUGUUCUCUGUGCCUCGAUCUAUUUCACAGUGGAUGUGUUCCUUCAUCUCAUCGUAGUAAAGUGAAACUUAGUAAUGAAGGCCGAUUUUUAUGUCCAUCAUGUGAGAGGUCACGACGCCCUCGUCUCGAGACCAUCCUAUCCCUCCUGGUGACUCUGCAGAAGCUGCCUGUCAGGUUACCAGAAGCGGAAGCCCUUCAGUGCCUGACAGAACGAGCUAUGUCCUGGCAGGACCGAGCCCGGCAGCUGAUGAAGACAGAGGAGUUGACUGCUGCCUUAGCAAAAUUAUCAGUAUUCUUACAAAAGCUUGUUGAAGCUCAAGUAAAGCAACAGCAGCAGCAGCACAAAGGAGCAUCUACUCAGGGACAAGAUGAGAAAAUGGAAGUAGACGACUCUACAAAUGAUGAUUCGUUGCUCAGUGAAGACAGCGAAACCAAAGUGGAUGUGGAGAAGGAAAAUACAACCAAAAAACUGGAUGAGGGUAGUUGGGAACAUGCUUACUCAAGCAACAAACAGAACAAGGAAAAGAAAUCAGAGAUUGACAAAGCACGCUGGAGUCGUUUGGUGGCAACCUUGAUGGAGAACCAAGACACCCCCCUCAUCUCUCUGACUCCAAGGACACGCUCCCAGGUGCAGGACCUUCUGGUAGAAGGAGAACUACAGGAAGUAAGUCUUGAUGAAACUACUCAUAUGUGGAGAGUUUUGCAGGCUGCCAGUCAUCCACCAUCUAUGCUGGAAGACACUCUUCUUUCAUUUAACUCUGCCAAUGGAGGAAGUGAUGAAAACAAAGUUAAAAAGGCAGCACCAAAGAAACGCAAAUCCCAGACUGAGGGAUUGGACGAUCCUCCUAAGUCCCCUCAUAAGUCUCCCAUUAAGAAAACAAAAUUGGGAAAGAUCUGUCCCAUUGAUGGAAAAACUCCAAAGGGAGUAGUGAAGAAGAAAGCUCUUCCUAAAAGUAUAGAAAAGAAAAAGAAAGAAGGAGGAGGAGGAGGAAUAGGUGGGGGAGGAGGAGGAGGCAGUGGUGGAGGAGGAGGAGGACCAGGACCAAAUAAAGAAGGCCCAAAGAAAAAGACCAUGGGUGUUGGGAGAAAGAAAAAAAUGCAGUCUGCCACAUCAAAUAGUUUACAGAGUGAUGAUGAUGACGAUGAUACAGAUGAGGCUUGUGCAGCCAGCAAGUGCCAACACCCCGGAGGGCAGAAUGUAGACUGGGUGCAGUGUGACGGAUGUGAAGGAUGGUUCCACUACGUGUGCGUUGGGCUGAAGGCUGGCGACGUGCACGAAGAUGAAGAGUACAUGUGCCUCAGGUGCACCACCAAACAACCUGCACCUAAGCCAGGAGAGUUGACGGAAGAGGAAAGUGUGGACAUCCUCCUCAGCCUGGCCUCAAGUCUGCCACCCAAGGACUCUAUUACACUGAAGUAAAAGUAUACUGCAAUUUUUUUUUUUUUUUUUUUUUUUUUUCCCUUAAGAAAAUUCAGAAAUGACUAUAGAGCCAUAGUUUUUUUUUUUUUUUUUUUUGCUGAAAUGCUAGUACUAUAAUAUGGAAAAGAUGUAUUUAUUUUUAUUUAUUUCUUUCUUCCUCUGCAUUUCACCUAAAAGUUGUGGUUAUGAUUAGUCAUUAAAGAGUAUGUGCUAAUGUACGUACAUACAUUAUAACUUAAUGAUGAGGAUAAUUAGUGUGAAACAUUCAGUACCUGCUGUGACAUUUUGAACAUCUUAUCUCAACUAGUUACCCUGACAUAGUAUUAAGGAAUGUUUGAUUGUGUCAGCCAAAGCAGAUUGAUAGUUUGUCAUUUCCUGGUUAAUAGUUUGGUCACGUGAGCAGUGCUGGAAGCAAAUUUUUAUUUAUAGAAAUUAAAGGUAUACCUUUCUAAUUGUCCACAGUAGACAGUCCAAAUACAUAUUAUUAUUAGUAGAUCUGAACUUUUGACUUUGUGUAUUGGGGCAUAUAUUAGCAGUUGUAGUUUUAAAAGUGCCCUUCACUGAGUGUAGGUCUUUGAGCAAAACUAGUGUUUUCAUGUUCUGGUAAUUUUUUUUCUUUUUCUUUUUUCUUUCUUAUAGGCAUUAAGAAUGGAAGUUCCCCUGGUUAAGUAUUAAACACUAUAAAUGGCUAUCAGCUUGUACUUCGUUAUCAUGUCUUAAUGCAAGUAGUUUUGUACAAAAUAUUACUGAUUCAUGCUGUAGAUUAUGCUAUAUUCUGUGCUUGUAAAAUGUGCAAUGGCAAUAUUUCUGGAUUGCAUUAUGUUCAUCUCACAUGUCUUUUCCUAAAACGUACAAAUUCUUGUCCAUCAUGUCAAUUUCAUCAAGUUCAUCGUAUCUUAUAAAAUGCUAUAUUUAGAAUGGCACCCAGAAAUUCACCACUCUGUACACAAUGUAGAUUUUUUUGUCAGUAGCUGUUAAGUGUGCUAAAGUAUUCACAUGUUCACAAGGAACUGUCAUAACAAUGGUAUUGAGCUUAUACAAAUUCAUUCUUUACUUUCCAGGAAAUGUUUCUGUAAUUUUAUAAACUGAUACAUUUGAGAAAUUACAUGUAAUUAUAGUAGCAAAAAGUAUUAUUCAAGUAUCUUGUGAAAAAUGCUUGUAAAUAGUUAUUCUAUAAACAUCAGUGAUGUAUCUUGCAUAUACCUUGUGGUUUUAAAAAUUUAUAGUUACAGCAAGGUACCUUACAGAGCUGCAGUGCAGUAAAAUGUUUUGAAAUUAAACUUGCAAACUUGUAUAAAAGUUAAUGUUAAGAAUUGACUCCAUCCAUCCACAGACAGACAUUCUCUAGGUUUUCAUGAGUUCUCUGGGUAUCUUGAUACAUAAAAGAAAAUAAAAAAAAUGAAAAGUCCAGCUUCCUAGUACAACUGCGUGUUUAUGAUCUGUUACACCUGGGCAAGAUAAGCCUAGAGAAUGCUGGCUACAGCUCGUGACUAAUAAAUGUUUCACUCUUAAAAACCAUUGGCAUAAAAGUUCACUGAAUGCAUCUUACUUCCAUCAAAUUUAGUUUUAUAUGAUGGUGUACUUUCAUACAUAUCUGACAAAGAUUAUUUUAGGUGCUAUUUUUCUUUUUCUCCAUGACUCAUUUCAUUAUCAUAUCAAUCCAUCCAACACCCUGUGCUGGGUACAUGAUCUCAGUUGCCACCCACCCACUUCAUCCAAGGAAUUGCAUCAACCAAGUAUUUAGUUGCCUCCCUACUUGUUUGUACACAUCAUUAUUCUAUAGUUUUCACAUUUAUCUAUGAUAGGCACUUCAUUUUGACUGUAUGUACAUAGAGUACCAAAAACUCCAUUUUGUAUAUUACUUUCCUUUUUUUGUUUUCUCACCUUUAAGAGCAAUCAAUAGUGCUGAGUGUCCAAGAAAAUGUAUUUAUAACAGGCAUUUUAUUGCCUGUGAAAUACAGGCAUUUCAGAAUUGUAUUUUCCCAACUGGGACAAAUGUUCUGCAUGUGCCGCCUCUUGGCAAAUAUCGAGGAACAAAUUGGUAAUAAUUUCUUCAUGGUUGGUACCAUGCAUUUUUUUUUUUUUUUUUUUUUUUUUUUUUUAACCAAAUAAUACUGUCACAAAACCUUAGCUUCAAACUGGUUAUUAAGAAAAAAACAAAAACAAAAAUAAAGUGACGGAGCUUGAAAAAAUUUUUUACACCAGUAGUCACACAAACAUGUUACUGAUUUGUGCCUCAAUUUACCAGUGUACCUGUGUUAGUUUAGCUGCACUGCUCAUGGUAUUAAAGGAUAUCUUGAAA